AUGCAGGACAUUAUUGACCAUUUGCCUAAACUACCUGAAAUCCAACAACAAAAGCUCACUAUUCCUGAAUUCGAUGAAAUAGAAGUAAAAACAACCGACUCAGUAGAAAUAAAGAAGUUCAUACGUAAAGUAAAUUAUGAGUUUCUAGGAUUUCAUUGCAACCAUAAAGUUAUGGACAAAGAUUGCGACAUGGUAUAUAAGAACAUCUCUGACAUAUAUAAAUCGGAGGAGUUUAAGACAUACGACAACUUUGUUUCGUUAGUUGCUGAAUGUGUAUGGCAGAUAAGAGAUAAAGAUAAAAGAAGUAAAGUAUGGAACGGACAAAUAAAACCAGCAGCUUUUGAGUUAAAGAAAACCAUUGACGCCUUAGUUGUUCUAGCAGGUCAAAUUUCAAUGUAUAACGCAAAAAUGAACCCACAAUGUUCAAAAUGUAAAGCAGCAAUAAGGAAAUAUAACUACUCCGUCAAAGAGAUAGAACGUAUGAGAAACGACUAUGCUGACUUAAAGAAAGAAGUAGAGAAACCAGCAGAAGAUAAAAUGGACAUGUUAGCAUUUCUGAACAAAAACUAUCCAACAGCUGACGAUUUCCUAUUAUCUGACGUCAAGAAGAAGUAUAAAGAAACUUUCGGCAUUGUUAAAACUUUUGACAUACUGACAGAAGAAAUAGAAGCUACAAAACUGUUUAGGAUUUCAAAUAUACAUCGUACAAUUCAUGUAAAACGCUUAUAA